CGCAUCGAUGACAUCGUACGCUGCCGUCAAGUCGCCGACGGCCAACGAGGCCAGCGUCUGGGGCGAGAAAGAGCACCCACUCGAGCACGCCAACUGGUUUGUCAAUGGUACCAUGGGCUGGAUCACGCCGCUCAUCACGCGCGGCGCCAAGAAGACGCUUACCGAAGACGACGUGUGGCCGCUGCCCUUUGCCGACACGACGCAAGAGCUGCAUGCACGCUUCAUCACCGAGUGGGAGAAGGAAAAGCACAUGCCAACACCCAAGUUCCACCGCGCGCUCUGGCACGCGUUCCGAUCCCGCGUCUCGUUUAGCUUCUUCCUCUUUUUCGUCUACGCCGGCUUGCAGCUCUUGCAGCCGCUCUUGAUCAAGUCGAUGCUCGAGUUCCUCAAGGCGCCCGACACCAAGACGAUCGUCGACGGCGACCGCACGAUCACGGUGGCCGCCGAGAUCCACACGUCGCUGCACAUCUCGUCCGGGUAUGCGCUCGCGGUCUGCCUCACCGUCCUCUCGUUCGUCUCGGUCACGAUCAUCGACUACGCCCAGUACGCGACGUCGCACCUCGGUAUCAACGCCAAGUCGAUCAUGAUCGACAUGGUCUGCUACAAGACGCUUCGGCUCUCGGGCUUUGCCAAGCAAGAAAUGACGACCGGCGAGAUCGUCACGAUGGCGUCCGUCGACGCCGAGCGGCUCUCGAUGGGCUUUAUGCUCGGCUACUGGGCCUUCGUGAGCCCGAUCAUGCUCGGCGCCGUCUUUGUCAUGGUCGGAAACGAGCUCGGGUGGCAGGUCGGCCUCGUCGGCGCCGCCUCCAUCUACAUCUUCCUCUACGUCGGGUACAUCUCGGGCAUGAAGGUCGGCGAGGUCCGCCGCGACCUCCUCAAGGUCCAAGCCGAGCGCGUCAAGCUCACCAACGAAGUGCUCCAGGGCAUCCGCGUCGUCAAGCUCUACGCGUGGGAGGCGAGCCUCCAGGCGCAGCUGGCCGAGAUCCGUCUCCGCGAACUCGCGUUCCUCAAGUCGUACCAAACGCGCCGGACGUUCAACACAGUGCUCAUGUACAUUGGCCCUGUCUUCUCGCUCGCGCUCUGCCUCAUGUACUACGUCGCCUUGGGCAACGAGCUCACGCUCCCGAUCUCGUUCACGGCGCUCGCCUACAUGAACACCGCGCGCAUGCCGUGCACGAUCUUCUCGACCGCCGUCAUGUCGGUGGCCGAAGCGAUUGCGUCCUGCCAGCGCGUCAGCAAAUUCCUCGUCUCGGACGAAGUCGAAGUGCUUGCGAUCGAAGCCGGCGACGCCAUGGUCAACAUUGCCCACGGCGACUUUAGCUGGGCGGCACCCGACCAGGCGGACGUUCUUGUUGUGGACGCCGAAGCCAACGCCGAGACGACGACGCCGUCGGCUCUCACGCUCAAGAACAUCAACCUGCAGCUCGAGCCCGGGAGUCUGACGAUCGUGGUCGGGCCCGUCGGUAGUGGCAAGUCGAGCCUCGUGAGCGCGAUCCUUGGCGAAAUCCACCAAGUCGGCGGUGUCCGCAACGUCGUCGGCAACAUCUCGUACGUCAACCAAGAAGCUUGGAUCCAGCACGCGACGCUCAAGAAGAACAUCCUCUUUGCGACCGAGUUGGACGACGACUACUACAAUGCUGUCUUGUCGGCGUGCCAGCUCAAGCCCGACUUGGAGAUGCUGCCGGACGGUGACGCGACCGAGAUUGGCGAGCGUGGCAUCAACUUGAGCGGCGGCCAAAAGGCGCGCGUGAGCCUCGCCCGCGGCGUGUACCACCGCAAGGCCGACAUCUACCUCCUCGACGACCCACUCAGUGCCCUCGACGUGCACGUGGCAACGGCGGUCUUUCACGAGUGCAUUCGUGGCCUCCUUGGCGGUAAGACGACGGUCCUGGUGCUCAAUAGCCACUACCAUUUUCUGCCGCUCGCCGAUCGUGUUUUGCUCAUGGACAACGGGUCGAUCGUUGGUGACGGCACGUACGAGUCGCUCAAGUCGACGUUCCCGCACCUGAUGAACUUUACCGAGCACAAGUCGGCCGAGCCGUCCGACGACGAAGGCGACGACGACCAACAAGAAAAUGCGACCAAGGAUGAGAAGAAGGCGGUCAAGGAGACGGCGGCCGGCAAGCCCGCGGCGCUUGAGAAGGUCGGACCGAACGGCAAGGGUGGGCUCAUGUCGAAGGAAGACCGGGGCAAGGGCGCGGUGACCAUGGGCACGUACAAGAUGUACUUUGGCGCGAGCGGCUUCAACGGCUACGUGGUCGGCUUCUCGAUCCUCGCCUUCUUCGUACUUGCGCAGACGUCGCUGGCCAUGACCGAUUGGUUCAUGAGUUACUGGGCCAACACGUCGUGGAUGAACACAAGCGUCCGCUACGGCUGGGUGUACGUCGGCAUCGCGCUCUUCUCGUGCCUCCUGACGUACGGGCGAUCGCUGUACGUGCUCUUCAUCGCGAUCCUCUGCUCCAAGUCGCUGCACGCGAUGCUCUUCCAGAAGGUCGUCAACGCGCCCGUCCCGACCUUCUUUGAUAUCACGCCCAUGGGUCGGAUCCUCAACCGCUUCUCGAGCGACCUCGAUCAAGUCGACUCGAUGCUGCCGUACAUGGGCCUCCUCUUCCUCCAGUUCCUCUUCCAAGCGCUGGCGGUCCUCGCAGUGUGCAUGGUCGCAACGCCGUGGAUCCUCGUCGUCUACGCGCCGCUCGCCUACCUCUUUUACAAGAUCCAGCAGUACUACAACAAGAGCGCCGGGGAGCUCAAGCGCAUGGACGGUAUCGCGCGGUCGCCGGUCGUGACGCUGGUCCAGGAGACGGUCUCGGGUCUCUCGACGAUCCGCGCCUUCAGCAUGGCCGACGCCUUCCUGCACAAGCAGCGCGACGCCGUCGACAACUACGUGAGCUUCUCGUUCGCCUACAUGUGCGCUGGCCGGUGGUUCCAGAUGCGCCUCGACUGGCUCAGCUCGGCGAUCAUCGCUGGCGUCGCCUUCAUUGCCGUCUUUGGGAAGGACUCGAUCGGGCUCGUUGCGGCGGGUCUCUCGCUCACGUACGCGACGCAGAUCUCGACGAUCCUCUCCCGCGUCGCGACCUUUAUGACGAUGAUCGAAAACAUCAUGACGUCGGUCGAGCGCCUCGGCCACUUCCAGUCGCUCGACAACGAGGAUGACACGACGAUCGAUCGCGUCACUGUCAACGCGUCGUGGCCGGCGCAGGGUGUCAUCACCUUUAACAACUACUCGAUGCGGUACCGCGACCACCUCGACCUCGUCCUCAACGAGAUCAGCUUCACGGUGCCGUCGGGCGCCAAGGUCGGCAUCUGCGGCCGCACCGGCUCGGGCAAGAGCUCACUCAUGGCCGCGCUCUUCCGCAUGGUGCCGAGUGCGACCGGCUCGAUUGUCAUCGACGACGUCAACAUUGCCAACGUGUCGGUGACGACGCUCCGGUCGCGGCUCACGAUCAUCCCGCAAGACCCGGUGCUCUUCUCUGGCUCGCUGCGCUUCAACUUGGAUCCGUCGGGCAAGGCAUCCGACGACGAGCUCUGGACGGUCCUCAAGCAAGUGCACUUGGGUGACGGCAUUGCGUCGCUGGACGACGAGGUGGCCGAGCGCGGCAGCAACUUCUCCGUGGGCCAGCGCCAGCUGCUCUGCAUUGCGCGCGCCUUGUUGCGCAAGAGCAAGGUGGUCGUCCUCGACGAAGCGACCGCCAACAUCGACCUCGAGUCGGACAAGCGCAUCCAGGCGACGAUCAAGGAGUGCUUUGUGGGCAUCACGAUGCUCAUCAUUGCCCAUCGACUCGACACGAUCAUCGACUCGGACCGGAUUCUGGUGCUCGACGCUGGCCGCGUCGUCGAGUACGACACGCCGACGGCGCUGCUUGCGAUUCCAGACGGGUCGUUUGCCAAGCUCGCAGAACAGGCGCACCUCCAAGGUUGAACCAUCCCUCUCCACACCUACAAAAUACCUUUUCCAGUUAAG